CCUCACUCCCUCCCCAACCCAUCCAGUCUGGAUCCCCAAUCUGACUGUCAAAAUGAGCUUCGCUGGCCCGGCGGUGCCCCUCAAGGCGGUUAUCCCACUCCGCAUCGUUUCUGCAACACGACACUGCCCUCGUCGGAAUUUAUCAUCCAGGGCCCACUUGAUUCGACCAUCAAUAGCGCCUCGGAUACCUCAGCAACAUGCAACACAAUCGCGAUUCUUCCAUGCCACUGCCCCCUCCCUUGCAGUAUCUGACCCGUACGCAACCCUGGGGGUGAAGAAGAACGCUUCUGCAUCCGAGAUAAAAAAGGCAUACUAUGGCAUGGCUAAGAAGUACCAUCCGGAUACAAACAAAGACCCUUCAGCCAAAGACCGAUUCGCCGCCGCCCAAUCUGCCUACGACAUACUCUCAGACGCCGAUAAGCGAAAAGCCUACGACUCAUACGGCGCCGCAGCCUUUGACUCAAACGGCGGAUUUAACCCUGGUGCUGGCCCUGGUGCUGCAGGACCUGGGGGACCCGGGGGCAACCCGUUCGCCGGUUUCGGUUUCGGCGGGUUUGGUGGCGCCCAAGGCGGCGGGUUCCAAGGCGGGUUUGCGCAAGAUAUCAAUAUUGAGGACUUGUUCAGUGCCUUUGGGGGUGGGAGGAGAGGGCGGAGUGCCAGAAAUAGUCCGUUUGAAGAGGAGAUUCUCAUGGGGGAUAAUAUUGAGGUGCAAACAAACAUAUCGUUCAUGGAUGCAGCAAAGGGUGUCAGAAAGGAUAUUCACAUCACUCCACUCGCCGAAUGCACCACAUGUCAUGGCAGCGGCUUAAAGAAGGGUGCGAGAAGAGCCGAGUGCAAGAGUUGCGGUGGCACAGGCACCAGAGUGACCUCAAUGGGCGGCUUCCACAUGUCGGUGACUUGCUCAAGCUGCGGAGGAUCCGGAGUGUCAAUACCUCGAGGAUCAUCUUGUGGGACUUGUGGUGGAGAUGGAGCGGUCAAAGACAGGAAGACUGUCACGAUCGAUAUUCCUCCUGGGGUUGAGGACGGCAUGCGACUACGGGUGAACAGAGAGGGAGAUGCGCCUCUCACCGGCCAAGCAAUGGGGCAAAAUGUGAGGGGUGCGAAGGGAGAUUUGUACGUGUUAAUUCGAGUUGCCUCGGAUCCCAAGUUCAAGAGGGCGGGAAGCGACAUCCUCCACACGGCUACAUUACCCUUGACAACCGCAGUGCUUGGUGGAGAGAUCAGGGUGCCAACUCUGGAUGGCGAAAUCAUGGUCAAGGUGCCUACAGGCUCCGGGACAGGGGACAAAGUUACACUAUCCGGCAUGGGCAUGGGCAUUGUUGGGCGAAGAAACGCAAGAGGCGAUCUCAAAGUGGAGUUCAAAGUGCAGAUGCCGAAGUACCUCAGCGUGAACCAGCGAACCAUCCUGGAAAUGCUCGCCGACGAGAUGAACGACAAGACGGCGAAACGAAUAAUGAACAUUGGCAAGAUGAAGGGCGAAGAGCCAAAGACAUCGGGUUCGCAUCAGAACGAGGGCUUCUUGAAAUCUGCAUGGCAUAAUCUUACCGGACAGCAUAAGAACAUAGACACGGAUAACGAUAAAAAGACCGAAGCGAAGACCGAGUCGAAAAAGGACGACGAACCGAAGAAAGCGUCUGGAUCAGGAUCAUGAUGGGAUGGCACGUGCUUUGAAAUCUUGUAUAAUACUGCAACCCUUCUCCUAUCUGUAUUGUACAAACCCUAACGACACUGGCACAUAAGGAGGUAAUUUUGCCAGGAAAACAUGGACCUUGCAUUUAUUGGCGCACCCCCAGAUUCCAACAUUUUCCUUUCUUUUUUCCGCCGACCAUUUUGGGCAACCCUCUAGAAGAGUUCGUUAGUAUUAGGCCUAUCUCGACUCAGGCUUGUAUAUUACCCUGCGGGCUGCAGCGCUUAUCCAAGCCUCUCACGUGGCUCACUGCCGUUGUGAAUGGUGGAUUGCGACCGGCUGACUUGG